AUGAGUAGCAAAAAAGAUAAUGUUACAGUAGUAAAGAUACCAAACGAUCAACAUGUGUUGGUAGAAAAGGUUAGAACAUUGCUUCUUGAAACACCGUCCAAACGAACCAAAGAAGAACAAAAGUCACACUUUAAGAAUCUCUUUGAUACUGCAAACGAGUUGCUGCGUCGUGACCCCAACCACAGUCACUACAAAGAGUUAAAGGCAGUGUCAUUGUUUAGCUUUGUCGAUCAUUGUAGUGUCGCCGAUCCCAUUGCAAUGGUCAAGUUACAAGAGGCCAAUGAUCUUGCUCCCAACAUUAAAUUCAUUCGAGAUCGUUUGAUCAAUCUAUACAUAAAGAAUAAUACUACUGUACCAAAGAAAUUAAUGGAUCAAUCAAGAUUAUAUGAUCAUGGUAAUAAUAAUAACAGUAAUAAUAAUAAUAAUAAUAACAGAAAUACAAAUAUGAAUAUGAAUAUGAAUAUGGAUCAAUCAAGUCAAGACAAGAUAUUAGCAUUAAAAUUAUAUGCAUCAGCAGUUGAAUGUGAAAUGAAAGGUGAUUUACAAUCUGCUUUUAGAUUAUUGUAUGCUGCACAUGAAAAAGAUAAAGAACAUAGAGAUAUUAAUUUACAUAUUGGAAGAUUAUAUACAAAACAAGGAAAGAUUACACAAGCAAACAAACAUAUAGAUAAUGCAAUUAGAGGUAAACCUGUAAUGUGGGAGGCACAUAUGGAAAAGGCAGGUCUCGAACAAAAGGAAGGUGAAUCAUCAAAUGCAGUCCGUCGAUUAGGAUACAUGGUAAAAUCAACCGACACUACACCAGAAAUGAAGAAACGUGCAAUGCUAUUAAAGAUAUUCUACAUGAACUCUUUGGAAAAUAGUGAUAAUGGAAAAGAGAUUUAUGAUGAAUCAAUUUCUUAUUUUAAAUUAUUAAAUAUUAAACCUUAUCAAUUCUCAGAAGAUCAAAUUAAAGGAUUUAAAAGACAAUCACCAAUUAAAAUUGGAUAUCUAAGUUCACAUUUUAAAGAACAUCCAAUUGCUUAUUUUAUGGAUGGUAUUUUAGAGUAUCAUAGAUCUGAAAUGUUUCAAGUACAUAUAUUCCAAAUUGGACAAGUUGAAGAGGAUGCCUAUACAGCUAGAAUGAAGUCAUACAUUCAUCCAGAUAAUUGGCAUGUUCUUAGAUCAGAUUCAUGUAAAUUGUUGGCAGAUAUGAUUCGAUCACAUAACAUUGCCAUUCUAUCUUGUUUGGAUGUACAUACAGAACGUGAUGGUGAGAUUGCUUCUUAUCGUCCUGCACCUAUUAUGGUAAACUAUUUGGGCUAUCCAAAUACUAGUGGUAUUGAUACGAUUCAAUAUCGUAUCACUGAUAGUUUUGCAGACCCCCAAGACACCAAACAACCAUGGUCAGAGAAAUUGAUUCGUCUACCAAACUCUUUUCUAACAUUUAGAGCAUCACAUCUUACGGUGCAUCCAGUAUCCGUUGCACCAUGCGCUAAAAAUGGGUAUGUUACAUUUGGAUGUUACAAUACUCUCUCCAAAGUACAAGAUCCAACUUGGAAAUGUUGGAAACAGAUACUUGAUCGUUUACCACAGGCAAGACUAAUCAUCAAGGCACCACUCUUUAUUGAAGAGUCUGCAGCUCAACAUUAUAGAGACCGCCUACAAAAACUUGGUGUUGAUACUAGUCGUGUGUCAUUGCGUGCCUAUUCAAUGGACACUCAAAAUCACUAUGUCUCGUACGACGAGAUGGAUGUGUCACUUGACCCAUUCCCAUACAAUGGUACCACCACAUCGAUGGAUUCACUCUGGAUGGGUGUACCCUUUGUCACCUAUGCCGGUACCACUCAUGUACAUCGUGUAGGUGCCUCUAUUCUCAAUAAUGUCGGUCUUGGUGAUCUUGUUGGUUACUCGACCCAAGAAUAUGUAGACAUUGCAGUCAAGCUUGGACAAGAUCUCGAUCGUAUCAAAUCCAUUCGCUCUUCACUUCGUGACACUCUCUCCAAAUCGAUUCUAUCCGAUCCAAAAUCAUUUACCAUUCAACUUGAAGAUAAAUAUAUUGAAAUGUUUAAUCAAUCUUUAAUUUAA